AUGGAGAGACAUGAGUACGUGGAGGUAAUCAGUUGCCAUUGCAGGCCAAACAAUUAUAACGUACAGCAAACCGCAGUUGGAAAUGACGCAAGCAACGUUGCAGUAAUAAAUAGCAACGACCCAUGCGAUCCUACACCUCCAAAGGAGCCAUGCAACGAUCCUAAACCUCCAGAGAAGCCAUGCGACGAUCCUAAACCUUCAGAGAAGCCACCCAAAGGUCCUAAACCUAAUAGCAAAGAGGAUCCAUGCGAUGGUCCUAAUCCCCCAAAGAAGCUACCCAAAGAUCCUAAACCUAAUAGCAAAGAGGAUCCAUGCGAUGGUCCUAAUUCCCCAAAGAAGCCACCCAAAGAUCCUAAACCUAAUAGCAAAGAGGAUCCAUGCGAUGGUCCUAAUUCCCCAAAGAAGCCACCCAAAGAUCCUAAACCUAAUAGCAAAGAGGAUCCAUGCGAUGGUCCUAAACCACCAAAGAAGUCAGGCAAAGGUCCUAAACCUAAUAGCAAGGAAGACCCAUGCGAUGAUCCGAAUCCUCCAAAGAAGCCAUGCAAAGAUUCUAAACCUAAUAGCAAGGAGGACCCCUGUGAUGAUUCUAAUCGUCCAAAGAAACCAUGCAAAGAUUCUAAACCUAACAGCAAGGAGGUGCCAUGCUAG